AUGGAUGACAGAAAGUCCCCCCGUGCCGACGGAUGUGGCGGACCGAAUGUGAGUCAUCGCCACCACCCCAAGCCAAAGCAUAAAAAAACAAAGAAGAAAUUGGUGGACUGGCUGAACGAGGUCUCAUCUCCCCUCCCCCGCGCGCGCGAGAAAAGAAAUAAAAAGGACGACGAUGGGAGGCUCGGCACCAUCCUUCCAAAAAGAACGCAAAGUGACAACCCCCAGGACCCCGUCAACGCCUCUCUGCGGACGUGGAAGCAUUCGAGACCUGAGCAGUUAUUAUUAACUCGGCUAUCGGGCUGCGACUCUGCACUUCCCACCUCGCCCAAAGGGGUUGGUUGGAUUUUAAGCCCGAAACAGUCCCCGGAUUUCCGUCCGUUUUCUCCAGGCGGCGAAUAUGAUGAGCGCGCAACAAGGUCCCAGAUAAACAGCACGAGUGGCCACCCCUCUCCCUGUGUCACUUCGGCUUCCGUUUUGGAGACAAGGUCGCCUGGCGCUGCCUGGCAGUACCACAAGAGAUCCAGCCUUUGCCAGCCAAUCACCAAAAGCAUCAGCCUCGAGCGACAGCCCAAGUUCCCUUCCGUAGAACUUCCUCCCGACCCCUCCCAGCCGCAUGUCAACGUCGCAUUAAGCAUUAGACAUUAA